GGUUAGAGAGUCAGUGCCUUGUUGCUAAUGUGACUACAGAUUAGUUUGUAGAAGUCACAUUAACUGGAUUUAUAACGAGCUAGACUUCAAUCAAAAUAAAGUAGUCGAUUGUUUCACGUAAUGUUUGUCUAGCUGUGUGCAGCAGACAUGGGCGAGCCCGCAGCACAGUCAUUUGCAUCCCCAGAGGAAGAGCUUCGGUUCUGGAAGGAGCAGGCACAGAGACAGCAGCAAAGGGCUGACGAGGUUCAAGAAGAGCUGCAGGAAUUCCAGCAGAUGAGUCGAGACUAUGAAGCAGAACUGGAGACUGAGCUGAAGCAAUGUGAAGGUCGAAACAAAGAGCUACUUCUGGACAACAAUCGUCUGCGAAUGGAGAUAGAAACUAUAAAGGAGAAAGUUGAGGUCCAGCACUCUGAUGCCUUGAGACACAUCUCAACUCUUGAGGAAGAUCUGAUGCAGACCAGAGCAGUUAAAGAUCACCUGCAAAAGUAUAUCAGAGAGUUGGAGCAGUCCAAUGAUGACCUAGAGAGGACUAAGAGGGCUACUAUCAUGUCUCUGGAGGACUUCGAACAGCGGAUGAACCAGGUCAUCGAGAGAAAUGCCUUUCUGGAAAGUGAGCUGGAUGAGAAGGAAAACCUGCUCGAGUCUGUUCAGAGGCUCAAGGAUGAAGCCAGAGACCUUCGCCAGGAACUAGCUGUAAGACAGAAGGAGAGACGACCGUCCAGCAGCCUGAGCAAGGAUGCAGAUCGUCCGGAUCUUCCAUGUGGCUCCCCAAUGAACCCAUCUAUUCCGGUCACACCCUCCAAACCUGUCAGCUCAUACAUCACGCCCCCUCCCUCCAGCAUUCGACGAGGUGAUGGUUUAACGGGAACCCCCCUCACCACAUCGGCUAGAAUAUCUGCACUAAACAUUGUGGGGGAGCUGCUGAGAAAAGUUGGCAAUUUGGAGUCAAAGCUGGCAUCCUGUCGAGACUUUGUGUACGACACGUCUUCCAGCAGACCGGCACUUAUGGCCGGCCACGGUGGUCCUUCAGGUUUGGAAGCCGGGCUUAAUGUCCAACCCAGAAGCCAGAGCCCUCCUCCUCAGUACGACAGUUUGGUGAAACGGUUAGAGUUUGGGCCUGCUCCCCCGAGAGGGGUGACUCAAGGCCCCCAUUCUCCACAGGGAGGGGUCAAGAUUCUUCUAUAAGAGGGGAAAAGUGGCAAAUCAGCAUCCCUCCAGCCCUUCUUCCCCCAUCUGAAACUACAGCGAAAGGACUUUGAAUUGAGCCGUCUUCCCUCGUAGCCUCUUGCUCUGCUAAACCAGACGAGCCCACUGCUGGACCCUCAGAGGAACUACUGUGAUUCCAUCCAUCACUGUGUGGACUUCUGUAGCCUCAGAUUUACAUCUAACAUACGACAAGAAGCACUACCACAUCUUCUGUUACACCAAGGAAUCCAGGACCCACCACUUCUUAAAGCUGUGUGGUAUCCAGGACUGCUAUCUGCGAUGGAUUGAGCACAGCACAGUCCACAAAACUAAUAGUGCAGUGGCUGCAUUUGCUCUUUGAUCAUGAGGCACAUAAGUAGAGAUCAUAUCAAGAACAGGUACUAGAAAGUGACACGGAUUAAGAGACCAGGAAGUUGGAGUAGGAUUUACAUUAGGUUCAAACAUAUUGUGUUCAUGACCAAGUUUAAACCAAAGUUGUGAUAAAAGGGGAAAAAACACACAAGCGUUGGGAGAGAUUUGCAUUCUCCGUUUAGAAACGAAUGGAAAUGCUUCAACAGUUUUGAUGAUGUUCAGUGUUUUCAUACAUAUUCUUUGCAUCGCCCUUGGGUAGUGUGGAAGUCACUUGCCCUUCAACCUGAAGGUUGGUGGAUUGAUCUCCAGCCCUGUCGUGUUCCGAACUGUACCCGGGUGGGCGGGACACUUAGUACACAUUGCCCGGGUUGCCCCAGAUACUAAGGGGCUCACAAGUCCAGAUAAAUGGAGAGCGAUGUCUCAGGAAGUAUCCAGCAUGAAAUCUAUGCUAAAUCAGUAUGUGUGCGGUUCUGUUGUGGUGAUCCCUGGAAAGGGAAAAGCCUAAAGAGCUGGCUUAUCUUUUUGUUUUAGAAAUAUCAUACUGACCAUACUUCAGAGGUUGCUGGUUUCAAAAAAUGUUACAAAGGACACGGGUCUGUCCGAGCUGUCGUUGGUGGAGAUGUGAGUUAUGGUGGGGACAAUAUGCCACUGCUUCACAAAGAAAGAAGAUUCAGGAACAAAAACAUGCAUGCUCACACUUACUCCUGAUGGUUUAAAGUUCAGAUCUUUUUCUGGGCAUCUCUCUUGCCAUCCUACUGCCAUUGCAGACAUGGAUUUGCUUGGAUGCAAAGAUUAUUAAUGUGAAAACUAGGUUUUGGAUUUCUGCUUCAGAUAUAAGACGAGGCAUGUGGCAGAUUUAUAGUAGAGAAUGAUCCUUAUCAACCUUUUCAUUUUUUUGCAUUUUUGACUGAGAAGGCACACGAGUUUAGUAUAUAGUAGAGAAUAGUCAUAACUCUGAAAUCCUGCCAUUAAGGGUUACAUGGUGGAUGUGUGGGGGAAAUGCUCUGAGCAAUAAUAGGUUUUUAUUCCGGUAGGUUAAAGAUAAGCACAGUAUGUCGUACAUAUCUGCAGGUAUGUGGAACACUGUUUUCCUGCCUUUUUGUGAGGAGGUGUUGUGAAUAAGAGAAAGCCUUCUUCUGAUAGCUGCACUUGUUCAUGAAAUGUUUCUGGUUAAUCUGUUGUAUUUUAUUACUGCCAUGCAGCGGUUUAUUCAGCAAAUAACAAUGUCAGUUAAACAUGCUGUAUCCUGAGUUUACUGGUUAACUUCCGACAUGAUGACAGGAAAUCCUCACCCCAUUUACUCUUUAAUCCUUUGUCGGUUACUGAACAAGAUGGAGAAAUGACAUGAGAAAAUGUAUUUUUUAAGAUCUUUAUUGUGCUGGUGGUUCAAAAAUCAAUAGCUACAGAGUGUCAUGUAAACAUUCAUUAUAUACGACUUUAUCAAAUGAGACUGAGUUUAUUUAGGGUGAUCAGCUUUUAAAACAUGUACAGAAUGUCUGAACAACACAGAUUUAAAAAAAAAAAAAAAAGAUAAAAUAAAGAGUGCCCAACAUUGACAUCUGGUUUAUAUUUUGGAUGAAGUGACUAAAGCUUUUCUCAUCUCAUUGACAGUAAUGUCUGGACUAGGAGGUAUCUAUAUAAAUCAAGCCACAGGAAAAGGUGCAAAUACUGUGAUAAUGGCAUAAGUUUUUAGGGCUAACUGUUUCUUAGGAUAUAUAAUAUGUCAGCACUGAUUGAAAGCAGACACCAUUUAAAGAUGGCUAUACGUCCAAUCUGGACCCACUUCAGUCCUGCUCAGAAGUGGUAACAGCAGUCACAGGCAGCAGGACGACAGUCGCUGAUAGUACUUGUGCACCCGUCAAUUUACUUGUCUCUAUGUGAAGUUUAAGGUUGGUGGUAAUUUGGCAUGUAUUUCUGUGUACAUGACAUUUCUUUAGAAAGAAUCAUUCAGUGCAAUGCAAAACAGUGACGUUAAAACUAAAGCAACCAGAGCCACCAGAAUGACUUGUCUAGUAGAGAUCAAGUCCUCCUGAUUGCUUUGUAUCAAGAACAUGCUUCAAAACAAGAUCAGUAUGCUGCUGGAAAAUGAGAAGAAAUAUAUAAUUUGAAGUUAUGUGGAAAACAUCAAAGCAGACUUUUGCAGAUAAUGAUCAUGUUGCCCUGAACAGUAAUUCUGAUCAGUUUUUUUUUUUUUUUCUUCCAUCAUUUACUCUGAGGUCUUUGUUCCGUUGAAGUCGUUUUGGGGGUCAGUUUCCUCCUCUGAGGCAUCAUCAACCACCCUUCGCCCUCCACCCAUACGCCGUGUGGUGCUGCCAAAAGAGGGUUCAUUUCCACGCCUAAAAUGCCACAGAGAUGCACACGCCAUGCAGACACAAAAACAAAAACAUCGUCAGUGAUAGGAUCAGAUAGUGUCUACUUGUCAAUGGAAACCAGUCAGACACUGCACUGUAAAAGGAGGAUCAAUGAAACAGAAUGUACAGAUUGGGCUUCGGUUAUAGCUUAAGCACGCCGGUUAUCUUUGUAACUCAUUUAACUCUGUGACCAGGAAAAUGAGUUUGGUUUUUGACACUUAAACCAAGCACUAAGAAAAACAUGGCCUUCAGUUAAGGGGAAUAAUCACGACUGAAUGGGGUAACCUUGACUUAUAACUGUUUUUCUGUUUUAUCACUCGUAGCUGAUUAGCCAUAUUUUUCUUAGUUAGGCUCAAUGAAAGAAAGCAUUAAGAGUGCGCAUAGAAAAUGAAAAGUUAUUGUAAAAAAACAUGAGAAAUGGUGAUGGGGUAACUUUCAGGUGCAGAGGUACCUGCUGUGUUACUCCUUAGGUUCAGGGUUGCCUCUGUAAUAGAGAUGGACACGUUUGUUUUGGCUUUUGUUCGUACAUCUUUCUGCUCAAUGAUUACAGAUGCAAAUUAUCUAUCUGCUUAUGGUUGCACUGGAAAUAGUCUUCAAUUAAUUAAACAAUUAUUUUUGACUCUUUACAAGCGCUAACAUACUGGCAUGUCUUUGCAGAACAUUUCUCCCUUUUGACGGUCGAGGUACCCGUAAUACCCCGUAUGUAAGAGCUACUUUCCAGAAAGGGCCAAAUGUGAUCAGCUCUUUUUUCCAACUCCACAGGUAGACAAAAAGGCGUGAAAAAGGAGAGGCCGGUCGUCGUCCCUGACUAGUUACACUGUUCAAAACUUCCUGGUCAAUUUCCACACACACACACACUAUCACUCUCUCAUCUACGCGCCUCUCUUGCAUAAUUGUGCAUCCUGCUUACACACCCUCCUGUUAAAAGAGCUGUAAAAAUAUGAAAAAAGCUGUCGGCAUCUUGUCCUCUACUGUGUUUUAAACAAAAAUUAUUAUUAAUAUGAGCGCAGUGAACGUGAUUGACCCCUUCCCUCUCGUUUUACGCAGAUGAUGUCAAGUCACACUUUGGUUCUGGAGUAUUGCUUCCGUGUAUGUAAGGACACACGGUUGCUGUAUUUUUCUCUCUUGCUGGGCCGGUAUGUGAAGGCCAAUGCAGUAAAAUUGGUGGCCCGCUUUUACAGAAAUGUUACAGAACGUCAGUAUGUAAGCGCCUUAAACUCUCAGAAGAGAGUGUGGGAAAUACUCUUUUAAACUCAAAAGAAAAUGGUGUGAGGAUAAUUUGCGUUGGUGAAAAAUGAGUAAACUUUAUGCAUCUGCAGAGCAUUUUAACUUAUGCUCAUGUGUUUCCUUUUGCGGAAUGUGUGUCCUCUUGUUGCCUAGCAUAAAUUAAACAUUAAAAGUACAAGACAAAAAUAACAAUAACAGAUGUGGAAGUGGACAGAAUUUUUGACUUGUCGUCUUACCUAAGUUUACUCUUGAGGGAAUUGACCUCGCGACCCAUGGCCUCAUUGGACUCUGUAGCCUCAUCCAGCUCCCGCUGCAGCUUCCUGCGGGCGGCUGUUGCUCGCUGAGAUUCCUCCUCCGAUUCUUCCAGCUGCCGCUUCAGCUGCUUCACGCGGGAGUUUGACUUGUCCGCCUUUAAUGUCAAGAAAUCAACACCCCUAGUGUUCAUCUCAUCUCUUAACUAAAUGCAACUGAAAGUUUUUUUUUGGUAUUGACACAAAAUGUUUUUACCUGGUCUUUGUAUUGCUCUGCCUGUUUUCUUUCAUCCUCCACCUGCAUAAUCAGGUCUUUGAGCUUCUUGUCCUUCUGUCGCAAACUCUUUGCAGAAACCUGCUUAUCUCUGAGAUGAAAACACACGCUAAAUCAGAAAUUUGCCACUUUUUUUAAGUCUAAAUGUUUAAAGGCCCAAUAAUGGCCGGAAAUGAACUGACGGUGUUUUAUUCACAUUUGUUUAUCCAACGUGUUGUGUGCCUGUUUGUCCCUAACCUGUUCUCCUGCUCCAGCUGCUCCUCCAGCUGUGCCACUUUAGCCUCCAAAGCAGUGAUGGAAGAUUUAAACUUUGACUUGACCUGGUUCUCCAUCUCCUGAAGCUUGGCCUUCAGCUCUUUGUUCUGGCGCUCCAUCUGUUGCCGAGCACUUUCGUUCUUCUGGGAGGUGCUGCGCUCUGACUGAAGCUCAUUGU